GCAGUGUGAAUUUUCCUUCUGCUUCCUCCCCAGGUCUGGAUUUCUGCCCUCUUACAGCAUGGACACCAAGUUGCUCCACCCAUGCUUGGGGACUGCCAGUGAAUUCAACUAUUGUGGCUUCACCACAAACUUACAAGUAGUCCCAUUUUUUUUUGAGUUACUGUUUUAAAGUGAAUAUCACAAUGAGUUCAGGCUUAUGGAGCCAAGAAAAAGUCCCUUCAUCCUACUGGGAAGAGCGAAUUUUUUAUUUGCUUCUUCAGGAAUGCAGCGUCACAGACAAGCAAACACAGAAGCUCCUCAAAGUCCCAAAGGGGAGUAUAGGACAGUACGUCCAAGACCGUUCCUUGGGACACACGAGGAUCCCUUCUGCCAAAGGCAAGAAAAAUCAGAUCGGAUUAAAAAUCCUAGAGCCACCCCAUGCUGUUCUCUUUGUGGAUGAGAAGGACGUUGUCGAAAUCAAUGAGAAGUUCACAGAGUUACUCUUGGCGAUUACCAACUGUGAGGAGAGGUUCAGCCUGUUUAAGAACAGGAGCAGACUCAGUAAAGGCCUCCAGAUCGACGUGGGCUGCCCUGUGAAGGUGCAGCUGCGAUCCGGGGAAGAGAAGUUUCCUGGAGUCGUGCGGUUCAGGGGACCCCUGUUAGCAGAGAGGACAGUGUCGGGGAUCUUCUUUGGCGUAGAAUUGCUGGAAGAAGGUCGUGGCCAAGGUUUCACUGAUGGGUUGUAUCAAGGCAAACAGUUAUUUCAGUGUGAUGAAGACUGUGGAGUGUUCGUUGCCUUGGACAAGCUAGAAAUCCUAGAAGAUGACGACAACGGACUGGAAAGUGAUUACGCAGGUCCAGUGGACACAAUGCAGGUUGAACUUCCCCCUUUGGAAAUCAACUCCAGAGUUUCUCUGAAAGUCGGAGAAACUAUAGAAUCCGGAACGGUUAUAUUCUGUGAUGUCUUGCCAGGAAAAGAAAGCUUAGGAUAUUUUGUUGGUGUGGACAUGGAUAACCCUAUUGGCAACUGGGAUGGGAGGUUUGACGGAGUCCAGCUGUGCAGCUUUGCCAGCGUGGAGAGCACCCUUCUCCUGCACAUUAAUGACAUCAUCCCAGGUGGGUCUUAUAGCAUGGCACAGGAAAGGAGACCUCCCAAACUUGCCUUUAUGCCCAGAGGUGUUGGGGACAAGGGUUCAUCCAGUCAUAGUAAACCAAAGGCUACAGGAUCUACCUCAGAGCCUGGAAAUAGAAACAGAUCUGAAUUAUUUUAUACCCUAAAUGGGUCUUCUGUUGACUCACAACCACAGUCCAAAUCAAAAAAUGCAUGGUACAUUGAUGAAGUUGCAGAAGACCCUGCGAAGUCACUCACAGAGCUCUCUCCAGACUACGGCCAUUCUUCACCGCCCCUGCAGCCUCCGUCCAUGAACUCCUUGCCCAGCGAGAACAGAUUUCACUCCUUACCAUUCAGUCUGACCAAGAUGAACACCAAUGGAAGCAUCGGUCACAAUUCACUUUCUCUGUCGGUUCAGUCUGUGAUGGGAGAGCUAAACAACGCCCCGGUCCAGGAGAGCCCACCCCUGCCUAUGUCUUCCAGCAACUCACAUGGUCUAGAAGUGGGUUCACUGGCAGAGGUGAAAGAGAACCCACCCUUCUAUGGGGUAAUCCGCUGGAUUGGUCAGCCUCCAGGACUCAAUGAAGUACUAGCUGGACUGGAACUGGAGGACGAAUGUGCAGGCUGCACCGAUGGGACCUUCAGGGGCACCCGGUAUUUCACCUGUGCCUUGAAGAAGGCAUUGUUUGUCAAACUCAAGAGCUGCAGGCCUGACUCCAGGUUCGCUUCCCUGCAGCCCGUCUCCAAUCAGAUCGAGCGCUGUAACUCUUUAGCAUUUGGAGGCUACUUAAGUGAAGUAGUAGAAGAAAACACUCCUCCAAAAAUGGAGAAAGAAGGUUUAGAGAUAAUGAUUGGCAAGAAGAAAGGCAUCCAGGGUCAUUACAACUCUUGUUACCUAGACUCAACCUUAUUCUGCUUAUUUGCUUUUAGUUCUGUUCUGGACACUGUGUUACUGAGACCCAAAGAGAAAAACGAUGUUGAGUAUUACAGUGAGACUCAAGAGCUUCUGAGGACGGAAAUUGUGAAUCCUCUGCGAAUAUACGGAUAUGUGUGUGCCACAAAAAUUAUGAAAUUGAGGAAAAUACUUGAAAAAGUUGAGGCUGCAUCAGGAUUUACCUCGGAAGAAAAAGAUCCUGAAGAAUUCUUAAAUAUCCUAUUUCAUCAUAUUUUAAGGGUAGAACCAUUGUUAAAAAUAAGAUCAGCAGGUCAAAAAGUACAAGAUUGUUACUUUUAUCAGAUUUUUAUGGAGAAAAAUGAGAAGGUUGGCGUCCCCACCAUCCAGCAGUUGUUGGAAUGGUCCUUCAUCAACAGUAACCUGAAGUUCGCAGAGGCACCAUCAUGUCUGAUUAUUCAGAUGCCUCGGUUUGGAAAAGACUUUAAAUUAUUCAAAAAAAUCUUUCCUUCUCUGGAAUUAAAUAUAACUGAUUUACUUGAAGACACUCCCAGGCAGUGUCGAAUCUGCGGAGGGCUCGCCAUGUAUGAGUGUAGAGAAUGCUACGACGACCCGGACAUCUCGGCUGGAAAAAUCAAGCAGUUUUGUAAAACCUGCAAUACCCAGGUCCACCUUCACCCCAAGAGGCUGAAUCAUAAAUACAACCCAGUGUCGCUCCCCAAAGACCUGCCCGACUGGGACUGGAGACACGGCUGCAUCCCCUGCCAGAAGAUGGAGUUGUUUGCUGUGCUCUGCAUAGAGACGAGCCACUACGUGGCCUUUGUGAAGUACGGGAAAGAUGACUCUGCCUGGCUGUUCUUUGACAGCAUGGCCGACCGGGACGGGGGUCAGAACGGCUUCAACAUUCCUCAGGUCACGCCGUGCCCGGAAGUCGGAGAGUAUUUGAAGAUGUCCCCGGAAGACCUGCAUUCCCUGGACUCGCGGAGGAUCCAGGGCUGUGCGCGAAGACUCCUCUGUGACGCCUACAUGUGCAUGUACCAGAGUCCCACCAUGAGCCUGUACAAGUGAUUGCCGGGGGACCCCAGGGCACACGUCUCCUGGAGCUGGCCUUGUGCUGACCGUCCAUUGCCGGCAAUGGAUGUCUUCGUGGUGGUGACCCCUCCGGACGGGAUUCCUGUGUCCCACAAACACAAUGCUUUUGUGUUACUGAAGUAUUUAAUAAGAAGCAUUUUGCACUCUAGAAAGUAUGUUUGUGUUGGUUUUUUUAAAAAAAGUCUAAAUGAAGUUAUUAAUACCUAAAGCUUUAAGUUAAGUGCAUUGGUCACAUAUUUUUGGAAGCAUACAAUUUUAAUUGUGACAGUUUCAAACCUCUUUAGUCCAUUGAGAAUGUAAAUAAAUAUGUCUUCUUUAUGGACCAACAA